UGUCAGCUGCGGUCUCUAUGACAUUUCUCAAUGAUAAUGUAACCGCUGUUGUCUUUCAAUACGAAUUUUUCAACCACAUCGCCUUAUCAAAAUGUAACUACGGGUAUAUAAACGAUGAAUUUUGCAAAUUUUGUUAUACAGGUCCUGGUUUCUGAAGUGAUACGUGCUUCUUGAUGAUACACCUAAGUGCAAUAUAAAGAUGGAUUUCGGAAUAUACAGUUGUGGAAACGCCAACGUGAGUCUUGAAGGUCUCAACGAUCAACUCUACAGUGCCGUGGUCCUCGGCGAAUAUGAAAACGCUGUAACCAUCAGUCUCGUUUUAGAUAAACUAUCUAAUGGUAACGUAGUAAAAAAUGUUGUUGACAGACUUCUUAGGAACAGUAUUCGUAACACAAUGGAAUACUCGUACAAACUCUGGAGUUGCGGAGGUCGGCACGUGGUUGCCAAUCAUUUCCCUGUCGAAUUCAGGCUGAUUCUUGGCGAAGACGUUUUAAAACUGGUCAAUAAAAGAGAUAAUCUUGCACUCAAAUUGGGUGUAGACAUAGACGGGGAUGGCGACAGAGGUGCUUGGGGUGAUGGUAAAGACAAAUCUAGUAACAGAGUUAGCUGGAAAAUGAUCCCUAUAUGGGAAGGAAAUAAGACUUAUUUUAAAAUAUACAACCCUGACACGAACAUGUAUCUGAAAUCAGGCAUUGUUGAUGAUAAUAUCGGAGAUCGUAGAUGUUAUGGAUCCAGCGAUGCUGACACUAAUAGACAUCAAUGGUAUUUACACCCGGUUAAGUACGACGAAGAUGUAUUGUUCUUUAUUUACAAUAGGAAGUAUAACCAAGCACUAAAGCUGGGUAGAGAUGCUGACAAUAUUGGUGAUCGCGUACUUUGGGGACACAAUGGCUAUGUAACCAACAAUCCUGAACAUUUCGCAUGGCGCAUUUUGCCUUAAUUUACUUUAAUUGAAUCCAAAAAAAGACUUAAGAUGUACGUAUAACAUUUUUAUCUAUUGCUCCUGAGGACAGAGGAGCUAACAGAUCACUACAGCGACGACAUCCUGCCCACAUGACUUAUUUUAAAAUAGACAACUUUAAUACAGAUUGAAAACGUCUUCACCAGAACGUUGAGGAACUUGUAUUUCCGCCUGACCGCACGCUAAAUAGUGCGUAUCUUAGACAUAAAACUCUCAGACCUUAGGAUAGCCGGUUGUAUUGCAGUAAUUCUCAAAACAUGCACCCCUGAAUUAACUCUUAUACUUAUGCGCCUGUAUCGCCUUCCCCCCGCCAUUCGGUUUGUGCAAUGGGAGACUAGAUCGAAAGAAUAUUCCCUUCGCAGUUUUAGUAAGCCACCAGACUGCGCGCCUACCACAGGGAUAACUCUUCAGUCGCUCGCCAACUCUGCUGACAUGAUCUGCCAUUGUCUUCGCGAUUACACUUUUGCUGAACCUGGUUUUUGAGAUGAUUUAUACUGCUGUUUUUUUUAUUUAAUUUUGUCAUCAUUUGGAUUUUGUUUAAUCAUAAGUUUGUAACAUAAAAUGUGUCCUUUGCUCUCAUAAAUAAAUAUAAUAUUGCAUAACAAU